AGAUGGAUGUCGUGGUUACUAGAUCUGCAAGAGAUAGAGAAAGUCCGUAUCCCGCGUUGUCUCACUCCGAAGGUAGAUUAUUACGGGGACGCGCAGUUACACACAUUUUGCGAUGCGAGUCUUAAGGCGUAUGCCGCAGCCGUGUACAUUCGUAUCGUGAUUCCGGAUUCUCCCGCACACGUAGCAUUGAUCAUGGCAAAAUCGCGCGUAGCACCCAUGAAGCCCAUGUCCGUCCCUCGACUGGAAUUACAAGCGGCAUUGCUAGCCGCACGCUUAACUUGCGCGGUCGCGAAAGAGUUAGAGAUACCGUGUAGUAAGUGGUACAUGUGGUCGGAUUCACAAACAGUUUUACGAUGGCUGAAGGCGGAGCCACAUACGCGUCAAACCUUUGUUGCUCAUCGUCUCGGAGAAAUUAGCGAACUAGUUCCUUCUGCGAUAUGGCGUUGGGUGCCUUCAAAAAUGAAUCCGGCAGACUGUGCGACACGCGGAAUUUGCGAAGAUGCUAAAGUCAAACAAACGUGGUUCGAAGGACCAGACUUUUUAAAAUUAUCCGAGACGCAAUGGCCUGUGUCAAAAGAACUUACUAACGCGGAGAAACAAUCCAUCGACGGGAUGGAGAAACGUGUUACAUCAAUAUAUACAGUAAGCGAAAUCCGCGAGUACUCGCCGCUCGUGGAGCGUCUUUUCGGGUGGCGUGGGUUAAUUAUUAGAGCACAACGAGUUCGCAAAUACUUCGAUCGAUGGCGCAAAACGUCGCGUGGGAAGGAUGAUUUGACCUGAUGCUCAAACAAGCCGAGAA